GUAACUAUGUUUGGAUUUCUUUUCUUUGUGUUAAUCACCCCUGGAGCCAGUGAAUUUCUUUGUACAUCAUCAGAUCUGGACUUGUCAUAUACUUUUUGUGAUUCUACACCUCACAUUUUCAUGUUUAAUGUGACACCUUGCACCAUGGCAAACAAGCCCAUCUGGAAGACUGCAGUUACCUGGAUUCCACGGAAUGACAUCACCUUUCUGAAGACCAUCUUCAAUGUCUGGUAUGAUGGAGCCAAAGCAUUACACUGGAGACAAGUCCUGUGCAGCGGAGCUGAUGAUGUAUACUCAAUAUGUGGAGCACUGAAAGGGGAAACAAUUGAGGCAACAUUCGACAUCAAAGGGUCACGAAUAUCAUUCCCAAAGGGCAACUACAGCAUUAUUUUAGAAGGAUUCUCUGAUGACUCUGAGAAGGAUAUGGUCAUGUGCUUAAAUAUCACCAUGAGAGUCAAACAAGACACUUUCUGAAGGCAGCAAACAUUUCCAACAAUCCCAGGACACAGAGGUCACUUCUGCAAGCAACUGGAAUCCAGACAGCAAAAUAAGAAGCACACUAAUUGUCCUGAGGUAGAAUCCAUCAUGUACUGCCUAGAAUGCUACCUGAUGGAUAGUCUUAGCCAUUUAUAGCCCUGCUGUAAUGAGAUGCUCAGGCAAUGUGCUGAAAGUCUCUGUGAAUCAGGCACCCUGAUUAAUCCAGAGUAGCUCUGAGUGAAUGUCAGGCUGAGGACUGCAUUUUGGUGCUGUGUCUUGAGUUAUGAACAAGCCAAGUCCUUCUGGCUGUGCUGCAUGCAUCCAAGAAACUUUGAAGCUUGGAAGUGCAAGAACCAGAAGUUCACCACAACUCAAUUUGAAAAGACCCAGCAGUUGACUCUGGGGACCUUGCUGUAAGUGCUGAAACAAUAAAAGUUGU